AUGGCAAUUGAAAGUUGCUUGCUUAAUUGGGGAAUUAAGAGAGUCUUUACUAUAACUGUUGAUAAUGCCAGUUCAAAUGUUGUUGCAAUUUCCUAUUUGAAAAAGAAAAUCAAUGCUUGGGGGUUUAGCAUUUUAAAUUGCAAAUAUCUUCAUAUGAGAUGCAUUGCCCACAUAAUCAACUUAGUUGUUGUUGAUGGAAUGAAGGAUGGUCUUACUCCAAUUAAAAAGGUUAGAGAUGCAGUUAGGUAUAUUAGGCAAUCUCCUGCGAGGUUGCAAAGGUUUAAGGCAUGUUGUGAGAUGGAAGGGAUUCAAAGUAAGAGUUCUUUAUGCUUAGAUGUGUCCACUAGGUGGAAUUCUACUUAUCUGAUGUUAAGUUCUGCACUAAAGUUUGAAAAUGCAUUUGACAGAUAUGCAACUGUAGAUCCAUACUUUAAAAUUGAUCUUCAAUCAUGUGAGGGUGAUGGUGUGCCAGAUAGUCUAGAAUGGGAAUAUAUUGGAAAAUUUGUUGAAUUUUUGGGACAUUUUUAUGAACUUACUUUGAGAAUUUCUGGAUCUAGAUGUGUUACUUCUAAUAUAUUUUUUGAUGAGAUUAGUUCUAUUGACUGUUUGUUGCAAGAGUGGAAAUCAAGUAAUGACUUGGAAUUGUCAUGUAUGGGAGAGAAGAUGAAGCUUAAAUUUGAUAAAUAUUGGGGGGAUCCUGAUAAGAUGAAUAAAAUUAUUUACAUUGCAGUGGUGGUUGACCCUCGAUAUAAGUUAGAAUUUAUGCAUUUUGCUCUUUCAACUAUGUAUGGAAAAGAAAAGAGAAUAUUUCAAUCUGAAAAUGCAAAUGAACACAUUGGAAAUGUAAGUGAGAGCAUCGAAGAAGGAACAAAAAAGAAACCUAGAAUGAGAUUGGGACAUCAAUUCAUGCAACAUAAAAUAGAGAUUGGUGAAGCGAAGAUCAAGUCUGAUUUAGAUUCUUAUCUGAAUGAGGAUAUUUUAAUUUUGGAUGAGAAAGAAGAUUUUGACAUAUUAAAAUGGUGGAAAAUGAAUGCUAAUAUGUAA